AUGGCUGCUCCAUUUCUCCUAGGAACCCUUCUGAUCCAGAUCACCACUGGACAUCUGUAUCAACCUGAAACAGAUACCCAUAAAACUGCUGUUCUCACUGCCAGUCCAAAGAUGCCUAGCGGUUCAUAUUGGCUCGAUUAUGGUGAGUAUACGCGGGAGGGGACUAUUUUCGUACAAGGCGAGCAUACAUGGAUUACAAUGACGGCAUUCAAAUCCAAUGACACUCAUCUAUUGAGUCUUGAUUUGGCUAACAUCCCUGUCUACUACCACGAGAAGCCGCGUGAGAAGGGUGUGUACUUCAUGUAUAUGAAUUCUUCGAUCACUAACAACACCAAUAAUUAUCCGUAUGUGGGACUAUACUUUUAUUUGAUGUAUGAUUCUAAUCGUGAUGAGAUAAUCUUGAAAACUUCUCACCUAGAAGUUACAUAUAACUUCAAGAAGAGAUUCCAGUCUACUCAGAAAUUGCCAGAAGUCUCCGAAAAGCUGAAGUACAUGGUAUCCGAGACGGAGAGUUACUGCCAUGGGUUCAUGGAUCGUAUCGAGGUCGACACUAAGAGCAAGCACAUCGUUGCACGUCUCAACUCACAUGUCGCUAAGGUCUAUGGCGAGUUAGUUUCCCUCCGAUUAGCAGCUGACUAUGAGCCCUAUAAUGGAGUGUUGAGGGCCCAAUAUUAUAACAACUCGCUGGUAUUCCCAUUCUUGAGAUGGUAUAUGAGCAUUGUACCAGUGGGAGAUAAGUAUGCUGUUAUAAACAUGGAACAGCAUCAUCGAACAGAUUUCACCAAAUGUUAA